AGCGCCAGCUCUGUGGAAACCGUCAGAGUUGUUGGAUCCGGGCGGCAGCGGGGUCAGCACGGCUCGCAACAGGCAGCCGGGGCAGAGGCAACGACACGACAUCCAUUUGAAACAGGGCUGCUGAGGCCCCCGGAGCGGCUUCUUCGCGCAGCUCCCCUCCCCGGCCUCAGCCUACCUCCUUGGGCUGCCCCUCCUCCUCUCCUCCCCUUGCCGCUGAUCAUCCCUCCCACAGCUCACCGCGGGUUUUACCGCUGUGGACACCCACGUUGCCCUCAGGCUCCUCCCUAACCGAGCUCCCCCGGGGUCUCGCGCACCGCGCACCGCGCACCCCCACGUCCCCCACUCCCCGGCGGCUGAGGCGCGCGCCUCGCUCUCGCCCCCUGCUGGGCGCAGGGACGGGGGAGCCCUCUAAGAUGGCGGCGCCGGCCCCACGUGGUGCGCGCUGAGGCGAGGAGGGAAGCGGGGCGUGCGGCGGCGACAUGGCGGCGGCAGACAGCGAAAGGAAAGACGAUACAGAGGAGGAAGAGGAGGUAGAGGAGCAACUGGUCAUGGUGGAACUAUCGGGAAUUAUUGAUUCAGACUUCUUAGAAAAAUGUGAGAACAAAUGCAAGAUUCUGGGAAUAGAGACAGAGAGGCCCAUUUUACAAGUGGACAGAUACGUAUUUGCAGGAGAAUAUGAAGAUGCCUUGGGAACCUGUGUGGUUUUUGAAGAAAACAUAGAACAUGAUGCAGAAGGCAACCAAAAAGUACAGCUGAAAUACAAGUGCCACACAACGAAGAAGCUGAACAUGACACGGACACUUUUGACGGAAAAAAAAGAAGGAGAAGAGAAUGUUGGUGGAGUGGAGUGGUUACAGAUCAAGGACAGGGAUUUUUCCUACAGCAGGCCUAACACGAUUUGCAGCUUCCUGCGUGAAAAAGACGAUUCUGAGGAGUCAGCUCAGACCCAAGAGAAAUUGACUGAAGAGUCAGAGGGAGAGGUGAGUGGUGGAGGAAAUUCUGAUGUGAAUUGUGAUCUGGAGAAGCAGUACAGCUUGGAAAUAGAUGCCUCUAUUCCUCUGCCUGACAGCCCUGCUUCUGGGGCAGAGGAUUCUCCUGGAAGUGCUGCCUUAGACGAUGCCACUGUAUGAUAACAGCUCUGAUCUGUUCAGGAUUUCUUCAUACAGUUCAUGGGCCAAAUGUUCAAUGCCAGCUUUUAUAGGCCACGGCAUGAUUUCCAGUUCAUCCGAGCAACUAAGCGCGGGAAAAUGGACAUUGUGUUCUUGUGCAUUGCUUUUAUGUUUGGAUUGUAGCAGGGAGGGCUAAAGCGGUUUCUUUUGAAUGCUGAUUGGAAAUGUGUGUAUCUCUACCUCAAAACUGAAGAAGAGGAAAUUGUUACAUUAUUUUAAAAAAACCCCUACCUUAGAAGAAUGUUGUUGUACAGUCUGGGCAUUUUGUGACAUGGAAAAAUCCCAAAUCAUUGUUUCAAAUCAAGUCCUGAACUGUUCAAGUAUGCCUUCACCUUGUGUGUCAUAUUCAACUGCAUACUAUGUCUGUUCUUGUGCUGCAGUUACUGAAAGAAAAAUUUGAGCAAGUGUGGCAUUAUUAUUUGUUUGAUUACUUGUCAUAUUGCCUAGUUUGGAUUUUCUGUUGUGUUCUUUGUCCUUUUGGAUUUUGGAAAUCCUUCAUGUGGGAAGGGACUUUAGGGGGUCUGUUGUCUGGCUUCCCACUUAAAAUAGGGUCAACACUGAAUCCAGGCCAAGUUGCUCAGGGCUUUGCCAAGUCAAGUCUUGAAAAUCCUCGUGGACUAGUCAACAACUGAAUUCUAGGUCUUAAAGAGGUGUCUGUCACUCUUUCUUCCCCCCCCUUUUUUUUUUAAUAGAGUAUAACAUGUUUUAUACAAAAGGUAGUCAUGUUCUGUCUGUUGUUGCCCCCAUCCCUGUAAACUUCUUGGCUCUGCUCUUUGCCAUUUUUCUGAAGGUUUUUAAGCCUGAGAGCCUGUGGUUCCCAAACUGAUCCAUGUGACUGUGUCGUGGCCACUAGUUGGUCCAUGGGUUGAUGAUACGUACUGCUGUGUCACUUUUCUUGUCAUACCCCUCUUGUCAUCCCCAACUUCGUAUGCAAUACUGUGCACGUGUUACAGUCGUGAUAAUGGGUUUGAAAGCACAGUGUUUGUUUAACCAUAAAACACUUUCUUCCUUCCUACCUCCCUUAAAACAGUUUAACUGCAACAUUGCUGGGAGGAUGGGAACGCCUAAUUAAUUCCAGCAUAACAAUAAUGAUCAGAGAAUUAAUGAUGACCAGAGAAGAAAAUUACCCACAGUGUUUGUAGUGCAGGGUCAGUAAAGAUAAGUCAUCAAAACAGAACAACAGUAUCAAACCAGCAAUCCCACUCUUCCAUUUUUCUGCAUAAAAGCAACAUGAAGCAAGAAGAGUGAAGUGAGGAAGGGAACAUGUUCCAAAUACAAAUCUUUCACGUGGUAGCGUCUGCCCUUCAGGUGCCAGGGAGACCACUGAGCCUUCUCUCUAGAUUUAACUGCAGCUAUGGAAGUCGGAAAGCAUUGCUCAGACCUGUUUUAUGUGAUGCUGGUAGAGCAUAAUUGUAACUGGAAUACGGAUCUUGGGAAUAUUAUGGACUGGUACAAGUAGCACUCUAGGGGAAAGCAUCAUUGGCGUUGGGCUGCACUUGCUGGCAGCUGAACCUCCUGCUAGACACCGGGUGGCCCAUGGCAGCAAAGUGCUCGCUGUCAUAGCUUCUGCUGCAUGCAAGAGAGCUGCUUCUCACAGGUUGUUCCUUGUCAGUGUGACAGCGUAGCAGCUCUGUUGUUAACCAAUUGCUGCAUCUGUCCCUGUGUACAUGUAAAUCUUUUUUACGAUUAAGUAAUAGUCUAGCAGAAUGGGUUUCUGACCUCUUUCAGCCUUUUCUGUCAGUAGUAUACCAAAGCUGUUUGUUCUAGUUGAUCUGGAAAUUGAAUGGAGGUUUUUUUAACAUAUUGUGUAUAUAAUAAACUAUGAGUACCUUCAUAA